AUGUCAGCGGGCUGUCACUUCCCUGCGAUCUUCUUGCAGAAGAAGUCAGGUGACCCCAGGCUGAGAGAACCCGUCUCCCUCGCCUGUUCGGGCCGGGCAGGAACCGCCUGCCAAGAGCAGCAGCAAGGGAAAAGCCGCUGCAGGAACGCCUGUCAUCCUGUGCCAAGAGAUUUUCAACACAAGGAACAACGUCGCAGUUCCCGUAUCAAUUCUGCUUUUGACAUGGCAGCUAAGACACCAAAAGCAUUCAGACCUCAUACGAAGAGGCAGGGGGUCGUGUUUCACGGAAACCACCACCACCGCAUCCACAGGCUCCGAGGGGCGGAUACAAAGUCUUUUGGGGGAAGAGGGGCCGCAGAUAUCCCCAGACCCGAACACCGACUCGUACAGUGCGCGCUUGGGCGCAGCCUCGGAUUUCACAUCGGGCCCGACCUGGCUGUCUUUGGGGAGGAUAUAGGAGUUCCCCAGCGACGGCGGCUGGGGGCGGUGGUGGUGGGAGGGAUGGGUGGGGGGGUGGUGGGGGUGGUGGCGAGCCGCCCCGUUCAGAGCCUCCGUGUAGCAGCCCUGCGGGGCGGGCGAGCCCAGUUUGGUGCCGAUGCCCGCGAUGCUGUUGAGCGUGGCGAUGGAGACAGCGCCGAUGCAGUGGUUGGUAUAGGUCUUGGAGAGCUUGGCUGCCUUCGAGAGCAUCUGCAUCCUGGUGCCCAGCAAGUUCUUGCCGAUGGCUUUGUUCUCGUACCAGGUCACAUCGCCCUCGCUGCAGUGGUCCCGGGGCCGCUGGAAGAAGGCCUUGCAGAGGGGGUUGCGCUUCGACAGGUACUUGACGAAGCUGGCGUAGGGGCAGAACUCGGUGCCUGUCUCGUACAUGCGAGGCAAGUUCUCCUCAUCGCUGCUCUCGGCACGCUUCUUGCUCCAGGACGAGGAGCGCGACUUAUGGUAAGGCCCGAGGGACUUAAAGUAGACGAACUUGCGGCCGUCCUCGUCCAUCGCCAGCCCAAAGGAGUCCUCCUCCAGCUCGCGCUGGUUCUCGCGGCCGCGCGUGCAGAAGUACAUGCAAGUCUCGAACCAGACCUUGUUGAGCAGCCCGAAGGGCGUGUUGGUGCUGAAGACGCUGGAGGUGUAGAGCUUGCGCAGGUCGGCACGCGUGAUGGCUUGCUUCUGCACCACGGGCCCGGCGCCCUGCUCCUCGAGCUUGCGGAUGACCGCGGCCAGCGUCAGGUUGGCGCUGCGCAGCUCGGGGUCCUUGGUGAGGUCGAGCGUGCGGCAGUACGGGGGCUCGUUGAGGUAGCGGUUGAGGGAGCUGCGGAUGCUGAUGAGCGAAGACUUGCUGUAGAGCUGGCCGCUCUUGGAGCGGGCCUCGGCGUAGAAGGAGCGCAGCACGCGGCACAGCGCCCCCUUGUCCAUGGUCUCGAAGUCCGGGCUCUGCGCCUUCUCGCUCAGGCGGAAGCCAUCCUCUCUGAAAAUGAAGCAAGCCUUUCCGGAAUGUACUCUGCACCUUAAUUCUCUGAGAAAGAGAGAAAACCCAGCUACCCAGAGGUGCAUUAAAGAGUUUUUAAUGCUCACCGGCAAGAAAAAAAACCUUGCAUUUCUUUAUUUAGGGACUUUCAUUUUGAGGGCCUUGGUUUGAUUCUUGUGAGUCCCAACUUACUUUUUUGAAUAAAUUAAACUGUCUUUAAUUUGCUGCUUGAUGCUUAUGUGGGGGUGAGCAUACUUUGUUUCCAGAACUUCUUCCCCGUGGGAUGUUGAAGUGUUAGUGCCAAAAUUUUUUUUGUUGUUUUUUUUCCAAAAGGAGAAAGAAGAGUCGGGCUUAGUACUAACGAUGAACUCAGUGGUGGUUGCUGAUCUCUUUGAAAUCAUUAGAUGAAAGGCAAAAAUAAAUCUGCACUAAGUGUA